AAUUAAUGCUAUAGUUAAUGCCCUUUUCUCUUCUCUGUGCUUAAUCCAAACUGUUAUAAGUAGUGCCAAACCUCACCAACUAUCACCAAACAAUCACACCCUUCUUUCUCUAUUUCUCCCUUUUCGUUGUUUUCACCACAGAAACAUGGAUCCUGAACGGUUUCAGAAAAAUGCCAUGUACGUGGAAACCCCUGAAGUUUUUGACGCUGAGAAGAACUUCGACGAUGAUGGACGGAUCAAAAGAACUGGAACGUUGACGACUGCGAGUGCUCAUAUCAUAACAGCAGUGAUAGGAUCUGGAGUGUUAUCACUUGCAUGGGCGAUCGCACAAUUGGGUUGGGUGGCUGGUCCUGCGGUUCUCCUUGCCUUCUCUUUCAUCACAUACUUCACAUCAACUCUUCUCGCUGAUUGUUAUCGUACACCUGAUCCUGUUCAUGGCAAGCGGAACUACACCUAUUCCGACGCUGUCGAAUCCGUCUUAGGUGGGAAUAAAGUGAAGCUUUGUGGAUUGGCUCAGUACAUAAAUCUGGUGGGUGUAACUAUCGGAUACACAAUAACGGCUUCAAUCAGUAUGGUGGCUGUGAAAAAGUCAGACUGUUUUCACAAACAUGGACACCAAGCGAAGUGCUCCACUUCAAACAACCCUUACAUGAUCCUCUUUGCGUGCAUGCAAAUCGUGCUUUGUCAGAUACCUAAUUUCAGCAAGCUCUGGUGGUUGUCUAUUCUUGCAGCAGUCAUGUCUUUUGCUUAUUCCACCAUUGGACUUGGCCUCUCUAUUGCUAAAAUUGCAGAGGGAGCACCUGUACGGACAACCUUAACCGGAGUGCAAGUUGGUGUGGAUGUUUCAGCAUCGGAUAAGGUGUGGAGAACCUUUCAAGCUAUUGGUAACAUCGCCUUUGCUUACGCUUAUUCAAACGUUCUCAUUGAGAUACAGGAUACCCUGAAAUCGAGCCCUCCGGAGAACAAGGUGAUGAAAAAAUCAAGUUUGAUUGGCAUCUUGACAACAACCUUGUUCUAUGUACUAUGUGGCUGCUUAGGUUAUGCAGCAUUCGGAAACGAUGCACCAGGAAAUUUCCUCACUGGCUUCGGCUUCUACGAGCCCUUUUGGCUCAUAGACAUUGCUAACAUCUGCAUAGCCGUGCACUUGGUCGGAGCAUAUCAGGUUUUCUGUCAGCCGAUAUUUGGGUUCGUAGAGAAGUGGAGUAAGGAAAAGUGGUCGAACAGCGAAUUUAUUAAUGCGGAGCAUGAAGUGAAGUUGCCAUUGUGUGGAAUCUACAGUGUGAACUUUUUCAGGCUGGUGUGGAGAACAGCAUAUGUUAUCGUCACUGCUGUGCUAGCUAUGCUGUUUCCAUUCUUCAAUGACUUCCUAGGACUGAUUGGUUCGGUGUCGUUCUGGCCAUUAACCGUUUACUUCCCCAUAGAGAUGUACAUUAAGCAGUCAAAUAUGAAAAAGUUUUCCUUCACAUGGACAUGGCUGAAGAUCUUGAUCUGGGUUUGCUUGAUUGUUUCCCUUAUUGCAGCUGCUGGCUCUAUUCAAGGCCUCGUCCAAGAUCUCAGGAAAUAUAAGCCCUUCCAAGCCGAGCAAUAAUUGUUUUUCUCAAACUUUGUUUUAAUAAGUUGAAGCUUGGGAAUGGGAUCAUGUAUUGUUAUCAAGUGCUCAUUUAUAUAACAAUAUAUGAAUAAAUGGCAGGAAAGAAAAUUCAAAGUGUAUGAAAGUUACAUUCUCAUUUAAUGAAUGCACUCGAUUCAGUGGAGUGUGCACUAA